UGCCUCCAAGUCAGACGGCUAAGACAACUAACCCACCUACUGGACCCGCGCCGGCCGCGACGACUCACGACGCUCAUCGGGACCUGCUUAAGGAUCGGCAGGAAUAAGGUGGUCAUGCACUUGAAAUGUCUGGCUUUCCCUCAAAAGAAGACAUCACGAACUCAUCUAAAACUGGGCUGCUCCAUGGCUCCUAGACUGCCCGGCCAGGAACCCGAGGCCAGAAACGCCCCAGAAUGCCCUUGGCUUAGAUAUGGGAUUCUGUCUCAUUUCGCAUUGCCUUGUUUAGAAACCAGUUUUCGAUUCACCCCGCAGAACACCUUACCCAUGGCGCUCAUGGUCCAUGGCCGGCUUGACUCCUAG